CAGGACAGCAAACUCAUGUAUGCGGACCUCGGGCUUGUUGGCCAGAUUUUCUCUGCGAGACUGGGCAUGAAUUCUGUGACGACAACCACGAGAAUUCAAUCCCGAUUCGUUAUCAGAGGCGGAGGCAGUGCGGCGGGGGAGGAGGAGAAGCCAAUUAAGGUGGCGGCGCUGCAGGAAGAGAAAGCUUUCAGUGGUGUUGAGCUUGGCUUGCACAUGGCGCUCCCGAUCUCUACGCUUCCCCGGAAAGGCAAGGCUGCAGUCUCACCUGGACACCGAGUAACAUUUAUAAUUGGCAUCUCAGAUGACUCAGCCAAAUCUGCCGUGUUCGGCUCACGGGUUUUCUCCGGUUUGGCUAGGUAUUGCAUUCGUGAGCUCAGCACGUCUCCCGUGAUUAUGUGCAUGGAGUUGCGGUUCGGCCCUGCAGUCCCUUGCAACCAUCCACUUUUGGGCGAUGGCAACAGUGUGGCCUCAAUUCGGCCUCUAAAGCUUGUGGUGAGGGGUUCGACUGCAGGGAGUCUAGGGACUUCACUUGCUUUUGGAAACCAAGUAGCAACUGGCCCGGCCUCUAAGCGUCAAACAUCUCUGCAUCAGGUGUUUGGCUCGCGGGUGUCCUCGACAUUUGUCAUGCAUUGCGCCAGCGCACCCAGCAUGUCUCCAUUGCUUGACUGUGCUUUGUGUACGGCGUUGUUGGCUGGCCCUGCCGUCCCUUGGAACCAUCCACUUUCGAGCGAUGGCAUGGGUGUCUUGGGGCUUCGUGCGCCUUUCAUGAUGCGACCCUAUGGCGACAGUGUGGCCCCAAUUCGUCCUCUGAAGCUUGUGGCGAGGUGUUCCACUGCAGGGAGUCUAGGGACUUCACUUGCUUUUGGAAACCAAGUAGCAACUGGCCCGGCUUCUGAGCGUCAAACAUCUCUGCAUCAGGUGUUUGGCUCGCGGGUGUUCUCGUCAUUUGUCAUGCAUUGCGCCAGCGCACCUGGCAUGUCUCCAUUGCUUGACUGUGCUUUGUGUACGGCGUUGUUGGCUGGCCCUGCCGUCCCUUGGAACCAUCCACUUUCGAGCGAUGGCAUGGGUGUCUUGGGGCUUCGUGCGCCUUUCAUGAUGCGACCCUAUGGCGACAGUGUGGCCUCAAUUCGGCCUCUAAAGCUUGUGGUGAGGGGUUCCACUGCAAUGAGUCUAGGGACUUCUCUUGCUUUUGGAAACCAAGUAGCAACUGGCCCGGCCUCUAAGCGUCAAACAUCUCAGCAUCAGGCGUUUGGCUCGCGGGUGUUCUUGUCAUUUGUCAUGCAUUGCGCCAGCGCACCUGGCAUGUCUCCAUUGCUUGCACUUUUGGGUGUCUUGGGGCUUCGCGUGCCUUUCAUGAUGCGACCCUAUGGCGACAGUGUGGCCCCAAUUCGUCCUCUGAAGCUUGUGGCGAGGUGUUCCACUGCAGGGAGUCUAGGGACUUCACUUGCUUUUGGAAACCAAGUAGCAACUGCCCGGGCUUCCAAGCGUCAAAUGUCUUCAUUGCCUGACCGUUCUUUGUGUACGGUGUUGCCUGGCCCUCUCCCUUGGAACCAUCCACAUUCGGGCGAUAGCAUGAGUGUCUUGGAGCUUCGCAUGCCUUGCAUGAUGCAGCCUCAUGUCCUGGGCGUCUUGCAACACCAUGGAACUGCCACUUGGCAGCGGGUUGAGGCUCAGGUGAGCCCGAAGAGGCUACGCGGAAUCCAGGACAACAAAUUGGCCAGGAGAGCAGCCUUUGCCUUUUCUUCAACUUUCAAUUCAUUGAUUUCACCGCCUGCGUUCCCUUUAUUUUGCAAUCUACGACGUGCUUCUUUGGUUUCGCUUGAUGUGUUCUGUCAUCUUUGGUAUCCGGGACGUCCCCGUUUGCUUCAGACGAAGGGAAUGAUGCAGUUCGCGCAGACCGCACGAGCGUUGCCCAAGGCUGAGCUGGUGCCAAACCUGCCUUCUUUGAAAGUCGAGACACUGCAGGAAGUAGAGACCAACUGGGCGGCCAGUGCGGCAAUUGUCCUGCUUCAGGGAGGAGCGCGGACACAUCUUGACUUGGAGAGGAUUGCCGGCCACUUGGCCCGGGUUUGGCCUGCUGCCGCUGCAUCUCUACCUACGGUGGAGAAGUUUGUGCAACAUGGUGGCCUCCUAUCACUGAUUCGGGAAAUUUUGGCAGCGGAGACUGGAGACUCCCUCAUGCUGGCAGGCCAUUCUCUCGGCCUGAACGUGGCACAGACAGUGGCAGAGUGCCUGGGCUGCGCGGGCAUCAAAGUGCAUGGCAUCAUAGCUUUGGACCCCAGGACAAGGGGGCGACAAUUUUCCGAAAUCUCGUUCAUGCACCGGCCCUUGGCCCAAGCUUUGGUUCCUCGAAUCCGUUUGGAGAUUCUUGAGCAGGCCUUUGAAACCCCACAUGUGCCCUUUUUCUCGACUCCGCAGCGCAUAAUGCAGUACCCAAGUGAAAUGGGGCAAGAGGCCCAAUCUGUGGCCGAAAUGGGGAAGAUGCUCGCAGACACCAACCACUACACACUCAAGGACACUCAUGUUUGGGACAUCGCCGCCUAUAUCCACACCAAGGUGCAAAAGCAGCGGUGACAGGGGGUGAUCCAGAUUUCGGCGGAGGUAGAGUCUCCAACGUCACUCCUGAGCAGUUUAGGGUAUCCACCUUUAACAAGUGAAAUUUAUGUUAUCCCUGUGUUCUUCGCGCUGAGUUCCUUUGCACUUUGCAUGUUGCUCGCGCCUGGUGCCUCAACAACUCCCAGCUCUGUGGUGCUCAGCAACAAAUGAUGAC